CUGUCGUUUCAAUGAACUUAAGCUAAACGCAGCGUUUUGAUCUCCCCUGACUCUGUCCAAAACCGCAACCCUUUCUUCUUCUUCUUCAACCUCGUGAGACUGUGUCUGUAACUCACUCUCUGACGCGCCUCCAUGACCAACCCAACUCAAGCUUUAACCCAACCCCAACUGCUCCAAACCAUAACCAGCCUCUUAACCGCCGCUAAAACCCCACAACUCCAACCCCUUAAACCCUACAUUCCCUACCUCACGCAGCCCCUCCUCCUCUCCAUCCUCCGCUCCAAAGCCCUAGCAAACAAGCCCAGCGCGCUCCUCUCCUUCUUCCAAUGGGCCCAGGCCCACAAUCCGUCCUUAACCCAAACCCCUCACCCCCUCCUCGCCCUCCUCCACCCUCUCCUCUGCCACCACAAGUACCCCGACGCCAAAACCCUGCUCGUCCAAUUCAUCGCUGCCGAUCGCCAAAAUGAGCUCCUCUGGGUUCUUCUGCACCCGGACGACACCGUAGCAAAGCCCUCAAAAGCCCUUCUGGAUAUUUCCAUAGGGGCUUAUCUCCAUUGUGGAAAGCCCCUCCUUGCAGCCCAGCUGUUCAAGAGAAUGAAGCGGCGUCGUUUACAACCCAACUUGCUCACCUGCAAUACUCUGCUUUAUGCUCUGGUAAGGCACGCUUCGUGUGAUUCGAUUUCAUUGGCUAAAAGUGUGUUUAAGGAUGCCAUCAAGUUAGGGGUUAGUGUGAAAACAAAUACGUUUAAUAUUUUGAUAUAUGGCUACUGUUUGGAGCAUAAGUUUAGGGAUGCUGUAGAGUUGUUGAGUAGAAUGAGCGAGUUUGGAUGUUGGCCUGAUAAUGUGAGCUAUAAUACCAUAUUGGACUGGUUGUGUAAAAAGGGGCAGUUGGUUGAGGCGAGGGACUUGUUGUUGGACAUGAAGAAUCGGGGGUUGUUUCCGAAUAGGAACACGUAUAACAUUUUGGUUUGUGGGUAUUGUAAAAUGGGUUGGUUGAAGGAGGCAAUGCAGAUAAUUGAACUGAUGACACAGAACAAUUCGUUGCCGGAUAUAUGGACCUACAAUAUGUUGAUUAGAGCGUUGUGUAAGGAGGGUAGGAUUGAGGACGCUGUUAGGCUUCAGGAUGAGAUGGGACAUUUGAAGUUGAUGCCAGAUGUUGUCACCUAUAACACAUUGAUUGAUGGAUAUUUUGAGUGGAGGAGCAGUUCAGAGGCACUUACGUUGAUUGAGGAGAUGCGUGAAAAAGGAGUGAAACCAAAUGCGGUUACUCACAAUAUAAUGAUGAAGUGGUUUUGUAAGGAAGGGAAGAUGGAUGAAGCAAGUGAUACUAGAAGGAAGAUGGAGGAAGAUGGGUUUGCUCCUAAUUGUGUCACCUAUAAUACUUUGAUUAAUGGGUAUUGCAAGGCAGGGAAAAUGGAAGAAGCAUUUAAAAUGAUGGAUGAGAUGGGUAGGAAAGGUUUGAAGACGAACAUUGUUACCCUCAAUACUGUUCUUCACACUCUUUGUAAUGAGAAGAAGCUUGACGAGGCAUUUGAGUUGCUUCAUACCACAAUGAAGCGGGGUUAUAUUCUUGAUGAAAUUAGCUAUGGAACUCUGAUCAUGGGAUGCUUUAAGAACGAAAAGGCGGACAAGGCUUUGAAGCUUUGGGAUGAGAUGAAGGAGAAGCAGGUCAUUCCCAGCAUCGUCACCUAUAACUCUAUAAUUGGAGGGCUAUGCCAGUCUGGGAAAACUGAUCAAGCAUUAGAGAAGUUGAAUGAGCUUAUAGAGAGGGGUUUAGUCCCUGAUGAGUUUACAUACAACUCAAUACUUCAUGGCUACUGCUGCGAGGGGAAUGUUGAGAAAGCAUUUCAGUUCCACAACAAAACUGUUGAGAAAUCAUUCAAGCCAGAUGUAUUUACAUGUAAUAUUCUUCUUUCUGGGCUAUGUAGAGAGGGUAUGUUAGAAAAAGCCCUUAAGCUUUUUAACACAUGGAUUUCGAAAGGGAAAGACAUUGAUGCAGUUACUUACAACACAUUGAUAUCAAGCCUUUGCAAAGAAGGGAGGUUUGAAGAGGCUUUUGAUCCUCUUUCAGAUAUGGAAGCAAAAAAAUUAGCACCUGACCACUAUACAUAUGGUGCCAUUCUGGGUGCACUUACUGAUAUUGGUAGGAUUGAGGAAGCGGAAGAGUUUCUUUUGAAAUUGAUUGAAUCCAGAAAAUUACCUGAUCAGUCCUCAAAUUUGGUGCAAAGGGGAGUGACCAGUGAAUCUAAAGUUGAAUUUGAUUCGAGCACAGUAGCUUAUUCAGAACAGAUCAAUGAGUUGUGCUUUCAAGGUAAGUACAAGGAUGCAAUGCGCAUUUUGGAAGAAUCCAUGCUGAAAGGCAUCACUUUAAAUAAAGAUGUUUAUAUUAAUUUGAUGAACGGGUUGAUUAGAGGCAAAGGAGUACAUAAAGGCUGUUAAGCUGUAGUGUCACCUUGGGCUAUUUUCGAUAAUGGCAGAGUGCCCCAGCCUUCCCUGCAUGUUCUAACUGAAUUUGACAACAGCUGGACCAGUAAUGAUCGGUAAGGGACUCAUUUCGCUAAUAUUUUCUAUGCUGCUUGUAUAAGCAACUGGAAUAAAUGCAAUAGUGCUGCUGAUCAAAGAUAGAAUCAAGUUUAAUAGUUUUUGAAAGUCGCAGGUGCCUUUACCAAAAGAAUAUAGUUCAAGUGAAAUGAAUGAGAUGGUUCUCUAUCCAUGCCAUUAAAUUUGAGGUUGGGUGGGAUUCAAGCAAGAAUGGAAACUGAUGACAAAUGGCAGGCGAAAGUGGGGCUUGUUUUCCAGACAGGCUUCUCGUAUGGCUUUGAUGUGAGGAGAAAUUGAUUCAUGAGGUUAGCAAUAAUCCGCACAAUGUAAGAAUCAACUUGAGUUUUCUUUCAGAUAAGUUCCAUGUUUGAAAAUGCUAGAGGGACGACUCAGACGAGUAAAGGUGGUGAGGUAUCAGCCUACAGUUUAGUACAAAAGAAAGUUUUCCCGGAGAACAGAUCAUAAUGAAUAAGAAGUGCUGUAUGUCAUCUUGUAUACUUCUUAGCCUUUCGAAUGAGAUUUAGUUUUAUGCAUUGUUCUUGACAAUUGGGAUAGUCUUAAGGUUGGUGGAACAAGGGACAUGCAGUGCUGGGUUUAAAGCAUGUGUCAAGUAGACUCCCAGCGUCAAAGAGUGAUUCUCCCAACUGCCGGACUUCCAACCCCAUUCCCCUUCAGAAAGGACAAACCAUUGAGGGGCUGAAAGAUACAUUAUUCAUCUUAUAUGCAAGUCAGAAAUGGCUUAGACAGUACUGGUUUCAUUGGUUCAGAUGCUCUGCAUUAGUGCUGAGCUCCAGAAAAGUGUCACCUCCUUGUUUUUAUGACGAUCCCUGCAUUUCCUGGUUCGAUUGUACUUUUAUUGUAAAGUUACUUGUCAAUUAGCAAAGGAAGAGAGAUUACCGAUUAA